AUGUGUGUAUUGUUUCUAUAUACUGUAUGUGUGUAGUUUCUACAUGUGUGUAGUUCUUCUAGGUGUGUGUAGUUGUAGGUGUGUGUGUGUGUGUGUAGAGUCAGUGAGUGUUGAUGUCAUCAGAUUGGAGGCGAGCAGGGCCGCAGUGUGAGGGGGGUCAAGGGGGCGUGGCCAUCCCGGCUCUACAUAAAGAACUCUCAAGUGGGACUUCACUGAGCAGAUCCUUUCACCCACACAAAGACCAAAAGACGCACAACGUGACCUUCAAGGACAACAUUCACUUUUGGAUUAAACGGAAAAAUCGGAUUCUGUCAUGAGUCCUACCAUGAAGCUCCUCCUCCUGUGCGUGCUGCCCCUGGUGGCAGGAGAGGGAAGCUGGUCGAGGAGGACCCGCCGGGAGCUGGCGGGGCCCCUGCACACGGGGGGCGUCCGCGACCCCUACGGCUCGUACUGCGAGAGGCGAGGAGGCUGCUGCCCGGGGAGAGACGACCUGUGCACGGUGCCUUACCUGGACACCAUCUGCUACUGCGACCUCUUCUGCAACCGCACCGUGUCCGACUGCUGCCCCGACUUCUGGGGCCACUGUCUGGGUGUGGCCCCUCCUUUCAUUGGCUCCUGUGAGAGAAAUGGCAACAAGUUCUUCUCGGGACAAACGUACAAGGAGAACUGCAACUUGUGCACGUGCGGCACCACAGGACGCUGGGAAUGUGAGCAGAACGCAUGUCUGAUGGACAGGGACAUGAUCCAGGCUGUCAACGGAGGGAACUAUGGGUGGAGGGCCGCGAACUACACCCAGUUCUACGGCAUGACCCUGGACGAGGGGAUCAGCUACCGAUUGGGCACACAGAGACCCUCCAGGAACAUCCUGAACAUGAAUGAGAUCCAGAUGAACAUGGAUUCCCAGGGCGACGUCUUGCCCGUCUCUUUCAACUCGGCGGACAAGUGGCCGGGCAAGAUCCACGAACCGCUGGACCAGGGCAACUGCGCAGCCUCCUGGGCGUUCUCCACAGCUGCUGUGGCGUCAGACAGAAUCUCCAUCCAGUCAAUGGGUCACAUGACUCCUCAGCUGUCGCCACAGAACCUCAUUUCCUGCGACACGAGGAACCAGGGCGGCUGCGCCGGGGGGCGUGUGGACGGAGCCUGGUGGUAUCUCCGCCGCAGAGGGGUGGUGACGGAGACCUGCUAUCCAUACCGGCCCCCGCAGCACACACCGGCAGAGGUGGGCCACUGCAUGAUGCAGAGUCGCUCGGUGGGGCGGGGCAAGAGGCAGGCCACGCAACGCUGCCCCAACGUGCACAUCUACCACAACGACAUCUACCAGUCCACGCCGCCUUACAGGCUCUCGUCCAACGAGGAGGAGAUUAUGAAGGAGAUUAUGGACAAUGGCCCCGUGCAAGCAAUCAUGGAGGUCCAUGAGGACUUCUUCGUCUACAAGUCUGGCAUCUACAAGCACACGGACGUCAGCUUCACCAAGGCACCGCAGUACCGCAAACACGGCACACACUCCGUCAGGAUUACAGGGUGGGGACAGGACACCGACUUUGAUGGAGCGCCCAGGAAGUACUGGAUUGCCGCCAACUCCUGGGGGAAGAAUUGGGGCGAGGAGGGUUACUUCCGUAUCGCCCGUGGGGACAACGAGUGCGAGAUCGAGACGUUUGUGAUCGGCGUGUGGGGCCGUAUCGCCAUGGAGGACAUGCACCACCACCACCAUCAUCGCCGCCGCCGCCACAUUUAGACACAAGACAGGAAGAAGGCCGCUAAUCCCUGAAGGGAACCUCACCGGAGCAUCUGGACUUUGAAGGUGGGCGGAGUCACUGCAAUCUAAUGCCACUCCCACCUUGUCACGCUACACAGAACGAAGCGCAGCUAAGAUGAAGCCAGGUGAGGCAGCUCAGUACCAAAGUCUUCCAAAGAUUCCAAGAAGUCCCUGUGCAACAACAGACCUUUUGGGGACAAAUGUGACACAAGGACACUUCCUGUUCCACCAUCUUGUUAGAAUUACUUCCUGUUCCACCAUCUUGUCAGAUCUACUUCCUGUUCCACCAUCUUGUUAGAAUUACUUCCUGUGCCACCAUCUUGUCAGAACUACUUCCUGUAAAGCCGCCAUCUUGUCAGGACUACUUAUUGUAAAGCCACCAUCUUGUCAGGACUACUUCCUGUACUACCAUCUUGUCAGAACUACUUCCUGUUCCACCAUCUUGUCAGGACUACUUCCGGUACCACCAUCUUGUCAGGACUACUUCUUGUAAAGCCACCAUCUUGUCAGGACUACUUCCUGUAACGCCACCAUUUUGUCAGGACUACUUCUUGUAAAGCCACCAUCUUGUCAGAACUACUUCCUGUUCCACCAUCUUGUCAGAACUACUUCCUAUACCACCGCCAUCUUGUCAGGACUACUGCAUGUAAAGCCACCAUCUUGUCAGGACUACUUCCUAUACCACUGCCAUCUUGUCAGGACUACUGCUUGUAAAGCCACCAUCUUGUCGGGACUACUUCCUGUACCACCAUCGUGUCAGGACUACUUCCUGAAACGCCACCAUCUUGUUGGAACUACUUCCCGUAAAGCCACCUUCUUGUCAGGACUACGUCCUGUAACGCCACCAUUUUGUCAGGAUUACUUCCUGAAACGCCACCAUCUUGUUAGAACUACUUCCUGUAAAGCCACCUUCUUGUCAGGACUACUUCCUGUCACACCACCAUCUUGUCAUAACUACUUCCUGUCACACCACCAUUUUGUCAGGACUAUAUCCUCUCACACCGCCAUUUUGCCAGAACUACUUCCUGUCACACCGCCAUUUUGCCAGAACUACUUCCUGUAACGCCGCCAUCUUGCCAGAACUCCUUCCUGUAACACCACCAUCUUGUCAUGACUACUUCCUGUAAUGCUACCAUCUUGUCAUGACUACUUCCUGUAAUUCCACCAUUUUGUCAGGACUAUUUUGUGUAACACCGCCGUCUUGUCAAAACUACUUCCUCUAGUACCACCAUCUUGUCAGAACUACUUCGUCUCACACCACCAUCUUGUCAGGACUACUUCCUGUCGCACCACCAUCUUGUCAGAACUACUUCCUGUAACACCAUCUUGUCAGAACUACAUCCUCUCACACCACCAUCUUGUCAGAACUGCUUCCUGUACCACCAUCUUGUCAGAACUACUUCCUGUCACACCACCAUCUUGUCAGAACUACUUCCUGUACCACCACCAUCUUGUCAGAACUACUUCCUGUAACACCGCCAUCUUGUCAGAACUACUUCCUGUAACGCCACCAUCUUGUCAGAACUACUUCCUGUAACACCGCCAUUUUGUCAGAACUACUUCCUGUAUACUGUACUAUAACGUGGAAGAACACUAAGCGCUCAUUACUUCUACCCUUUGUAGCCAAUGGAACCCGCUCAUGUCGACAGCCCACUUACAGUAUGUGGUCAACCCGCUUAUGUCGACAACUCGUCAGUGUCGGCAGCCCGUUUAUGUCGAUAACCUGCGUAUAGCGAUAACCCUCUUAUGCUGACACCUCGUUUAUGUGGAGAACCCGUUUAUACCGAUGUUUAUGUUGGUAACCUGCUUAGAUCGACAACCCACUUAUGCAGGCAACCCGUUUAUGCCGACAACCCGCUUAUUUCGACAAGCUCCUUAUGUUGACAACCAGUAUGUUGGCAACAUUUAUAUGGACAACCCGUCUGCGUCGACAACCUGCUUAGGUCGACAACCCGCUUAUAUCGACAACCUGUUUAUGACGACAACCUACUUAUAACGACAACAAGCUUGUGUUGCCACCAGUCUGUGUCAACAAACAGCUUAUUUUGACAACCCACUUAUGUCGACAACCCGCUUAAGUCAACAACCUGCUUAUAUCGACAACUCACAUUAAGUCGACUACCAGUCUGUGUCGACAACCACCGUUUGUCCACACUUAUAUGGUCAACCCACCUAUUCCGAAGACUUGUGUAUGUCGACAAAAGCGGGUUGUCGACAUAUCAAUCAAUCAAUCACCUUAUUUCAACAAGCAGCUUAUGUGGUCAACCAACUUAUUCCGACGACCCGCUUAUGUCGGCGACCGGCUAAAAUGGACAACUCGCAUGAUGAAAACCCGUUUGUCGACAACUCACUUAUUUUGACAACCUGUUUAAGUCGACAACCUACUUAUAUCGACAACCCGCUUAUGUUAACAACCAGUCUGUGUCGACAACCACCUUAUUUUAACAAGCAGCUUAUGUCGACAACCUGCUUAUAUGGUCAACC